CUCGCUGCUCAGAGCAGGAGGGACUCAACUUGUAAAAGACUGGAUUUGAAAAAAAGUGGUACGGGAGAAGGGGGGCGAAUCUCGGAAGGACCCACGUUUCGGCAGAUGAUUACUUUCUAGCUGCACAGAGUUUUUAAGAAACCCCCGAAUCGUACAGGAUAAGCGAUCUUUUUUUGGGUUUCCCCCCCGCUCUCUGCUUGUUCUAAACUUCGGGGAGAUCGAAAGCGAAGGGCGUGCAGGAUCAGAAAUCUAGGAGCUCCGAGGCUUCCCUCCCUCCCAGUCCUCCUCCCUCCCAUGGAAGUCCAGGGGGCUUUCCCAGUCUGUGGAAGACUGGGUUACUGGAGGAGGUGGAAAAGCAGCAAGAGCAGCCGCAGUAUAUGAAUUACCUCCGUAGUGCAAAGCCCUUGCUUUGCUCGCUUGAUUUUCUCCACGUUGUGCUUUGCGCAGAGAGAGCAGCGCCAACCAAACUCAAGCCGCAAACUUGGAGCGGCGGGGCUGGUGGUCCUGUUAGUCCGUCAGUCUGGAAGAACCCAUCGUGUCUUCCGAGCUCCCGCUGGAGAGGCAAAAUUUCGGUUGAAGACAGUAUCCAGGGAACCCACCUCUUUCUCUGGGAGAUGCACAUUGGUUGUUACUAAGAUCGCUUCCACGGUAACAUGCACAUACUGUUUACACCUUCAUCUGAAGAAGUUGGACUUGGCUGAUUUCACCGGCUUCACCUGGGGAACAGUAGAAGAAGUGUUGUUUCCCCACCCUCCUGCCCUAGUCCUGCAAUUUCUCCUGGGAUCCCCCACCCCCACCCUGAGGUGUUGGCCUUCAAGCUAUAGAACUGGGCUGCUUUCUGCAAGGAACUUCAAAAUUUGUAUUGCCUGCUGUGUUUUUUACAGAGGUAAGAGGAAAGACUGGUAAAGAAGUGGCACACAUCCUAUCUUGUGCUGUUUCUUGUUGAACCUACCUGGGUUAGGGUUUGUUUGUUUGUUUUUUGGUCAAGAUGACGAACAACUCUGCAGAUCAUCAUCCUGGGAACUCAGUUGCUGAGGGCAAUCAUGAGGGGGACUUUGGUUGCUCCGUAAUGGACUUGCGGAAUCUCAUGGAACUUCGCAGCUCAGAGGCAGUCAACAGGAUAAAUGACACCUAUGGGGGAGUGCAUAAUAUAUGCAAGAGAUUGAAGACCUCGCCAGUGGAAGGCCUGUCUGGGAACCCUGCCGAUCUCGAGAAAAGAAGGCAAGCAUUUGGCCAGAACUUCAUCCCACCAAAAAAGGCCAAAACCUUCCUACAGUUGGUUUGGGAAGCGCUUCAGGAUGUCACAUUGAUCAUCUUGGAAAUUGCAGCCCUAAUCUCCCUGGGGUUGUCUUUUUAUCGCCCUCCUGGUGGUGACAAUGAACAGUGUGGGCAAGCAGCAGGUGGAGCAGAAGAUGAGGGUGAGGCCCAGGCUGGCUGGAUUGAGGGAGCAGCCAUCCUCUUCUCAGUCAUCAUUGUGGUGCUGGUUACAGCCUUCAAUGACUGGAGCAAAGAGAAGCAAUUCCGGGGCCUCCAAAGCCGCAUUGAACAGGAGCAGAAGUUCACAGUCAUCCGCAAGGGGCAAGUCAUCCAAAUCCCUGUGGCUGAGAUAGUGGUGGGGGACAUUGCUCAGAUCAAAUAUGGUGACUUGUUGCCAUCAGAUGGGAUCCUAAUCCAAGGCAAUGAUCUGAAAAUUGAUGAGAGCUCUCUGACUGGGGAAUCAGAUCAAGUGAAGAAGUCUUUAGCUAAAGACCCCAUGCUACUUUCUGGUACUCAUGUGAUGGAAGGCUCUGGUCGAAUGGUGGUUACAGCUGUGGGUAUCAACUCACAAACUGGAAUAAUUUUCACUCUUCUGGGAGCAGGGGAAGGAGAUGAGGAGAAGAAGAUCAAGAAAGGUAAAAAACCAGGAGUCCCUGAAAAUCGCAACAAAGCAAAAACUCAGGAUGGUGUGGCCCUGGAGAUCCAGCCACUGAAAAGCCAAGAAGGGGUGGAAAAUGAGGAGAAAGAGAAGAAGAAAGUGAAGGUCCCAAAGAAGGAGAAGUCAGUACUGCAAGGGAAGCUCACCCGCUUGGCAGUUCAGAUUGGAAAAGCAGGACUGAUCAUGUCAGCCAUCACCGUCAUUAUCCUAGUGCUGUAUUUUGUGAUUGACACCUUUGGGAUUCAGGGAAGGCGCUGGACAGCUGACUGCACCCCUAUCUACAUCCAAUAUUUUGUCAAGUUCUUCAUCAUUGGUGUCACUGUGCUAGUAGUGGCUGUGCCUGAGGGCUUGCCCUUGGCAGUCACCAUCUCUUUGGCUUAUUCUGUGAAGAAAAUGAUGAAAGAUAACAAUUUGGUUAGGCACCUGGAUGCUUGUGAAACCAUGGGCAAUGCUACUGCUAUCUGCUCGGACAAGACCGGUACUCUCACCAUGAACCGUAUGACUGUGGUGCAGGCCUAUGUGGGUGACACCCACUACCGACAGAUCCCUGACCCUGAAGCCAUCCUGCCUAAGAUUCUGGACCUCAUUGUCAAUGGUGUUGCAGUCAACUCUGCUUAUACUUCCAAAAUACUGCCACCAGAAAAAGAAGGGGGCCUCCCACGCCAAGUUGGAAACAAGACAGAAUGUGCACUUUUGGGCUUCGUUCUGGACUUGAAACAAGACUAUCAAGCGGUCCGCAAUGAGGUGCCUGAGGAAAAACUCUACAAGGUCUACACCUUCAAUUCAGUCCGCAAGUCUAUGAGUACAGUGCUGAAGAACCCCGAUGGAAGCUUUCGCAUGUACAGCAAAGGAGCCUCUGAGAUCAUCCUGCGCAAAUGCACAAAGAUCUUGGACAAGGAUGGGGAAUCCCGAAUAUUUAAGGUGAAGGAUCGGGACGAGAUGGUGAAAAAAGUGAUUGAGCCAAUGGCUUGUCAUGGGCUACGUACUAUUUGUCUGGCAUACCGAGAUUUCCCUGCUGGUGUUGAGCCUGACUGGGAUGCUGAGAAUGAGAUCCUGUCAGACCUUAGCUGCAUCACCGUGGUGGGCAUUGAGGACCCAGUUCGGCCAGAGGUGCCUGAAGCCAUCGAGAAGUGCCAGCGUGCUGGUAUUACAGUACGGAUGGUUACAGGUGACAACAUCAACACAGCACGUGCCAUUGCUACCAAAUGUGGUAUCUUACUGCCUGGGGAGGACUUCUUAUGCCUGGAAGGGAAGGAAUUCAACCGGCUCAUCCGCAAUGAGAAAGGAGAGGUGGAACAAGAGCAGCUGGAUAAGAUCUGGCCCAAGCUACGAGUCUUGGCUCGUUCUUCCCCCACAGAUAAACACACACUUGUGAAAGGUAUUAUUGACAGCACCAUUGGAGAACAAAGGCAAGUGGUAGCUGUGACUGGGGAUGGCACCAAUGACGGCCCAGCCUUGAAGAAAGCAGAUGUUGGAUUUGCAAUGGGCAUUGCUGGCACAGAUGUUGCUAAAGAAGCCUCAGACAUCAUCCUGACAGAUGAUAACUUCACAAGUAUUGUCAAGGCAGUGAUGUGGGGACGCAAUGUGUAUGACAGCAUCUCCAAAUUCUUGCAGUUCCAGCUAACAGUCAAUAUAGUUGCUGUCAUUGUGGCUUUCACAGGUGCUUGCAUCACACAGGACUCUCCUCUAAAGGCUGUUCAAAUGCUGUGGGUAAACUUGAUCAUGGAUACCUUUGCCUCAUUAGCCCUUGCCACAGAACCCCCAUCAGAAUCCUUGCUCUUGCGCAAGCCGUAUGGCCGCAACAAGCCACUUAUUUCCCGCACCAUGAUGAAGAACAUCCUGGGGCAUGGUGUGUACCAGCUCACCAUUAUCUUCACACUGCUCUUUGCAGGUGAGAAGUUUUUUGAUAUUGACAGUGGUCGGAAUGUUCCACUCCAUUCACCGCCUACUGAGCACUACACCAUCGUCUUCAAUACUUUUGUCAUGAUGCAGCUUUUCAAUGAGAUUAAUGCUCGUAAAAUCCAUGGCGAGAGGAAUGUCUUUGAGGCCAUUUUCCGCAAUCCUAUCUUCUGUACAGUGGUGCUGGGAACCUUUGUUGCCCAGAUCAUCAUUGUGGAAUUUGGUGGAAAGCCAUUCAGCUGUUCAGGGCUUACUUUGAGUCAGUGGUUCUGGUGUAUUUUCAUUGGUGUUGGUGAACUGCUUUGGGGACAGGUGAUUUGCACUGUUCCAACCAGCCAGCUGAAGUUCCUGAAGGAGGCAGGACAUGGCAUUACCAAGGAGGAUAUUCCAGAGGAAGAACUGCCAGAGGGUCUAGAUGAGAUUGACCAUGCUGAAAUGGAGCUCAGACGGGGACAAAUCCUGUGGUUCCGGGGCCUCAACAGAAUACAGACUCAGAUGGACGUAGUUUACACAUUCCAGACCGGCGCCUCCUCUUUACAGGGAGCCCUCAGGAGACAGCCUUCCAUCGUGAGCCAACACCACGAUGUAAAAAAUGUUUCUAGCCCAACCCAUGUAGCUCUUUCCUCCGUCAAUUCCACUCCCACCACUUCUGCUGCUGCUGCUGCUGCUGCAUCUCCUCCUGCGGGCAAUCAAAGUGGUGAAUGCGUUCCGUAGCUCCUUGUAUGAAGGUCUCGAGAAACCCGAAUCCAGAAGCUCCAUUCAUAACUUCAUGACUCACCCAGAGUUCAUCCUGGAGGAAGACGAGCCUCAGACCCCAUUCCUUGAUGGCGCAGAAGAAGACCUGGAAGCCGAAGAACCCAAAAAACAAAGUGGGGAAAGCCCAGGUGACUCCUCACCCCUCAACAAAAAUAACAAUGCAGUGGACGGCGAUAUAGCUGAGGACACCAUUCCAGAUCCAGAAAGCCCUUUACACAGCUUGGAAACAUCGGUUUGACCUCUGAACUAUGAUCUCCUGCUUUUUUCCCUCUCAUGCAACAUAGGCACCUGCAUCCAACCACACACUGCAGCCACUUCCUUUCCAGGGGAUUAUGCACAUAUGCCUAUAUUUCCUUGUCCCCUUUUCCCUACAUGAUGGUUUAGCUAUAGGAACCACAGAACCCCUAUGGUUAGAGUUUUACUGCUUAACAGUAAUUUGGGCAGAGGUGCCUCUCUCAAGUGAGAAAUGGCCAUGUUAAUACAUUUUCUCCUUGAGCUGAGUAACCACAUGUCUGUAGUAGUGGUUUCCACCUUUCAAGUUGUGUGCUUAAAAGAAACAAGAUUCAGAUUGUCUGAAAGAGCUAUGCGCCCAACAUCUGAUGAUGCAAUUCUGCCAAUAAUUCCUUUUUUUACUUGCAGAAUCUGAAUCAUAAAUGACUCCGUAUAUUCUUGAGAAGCAGUUGGGAGAAUGCCAAGGCAAUGUAAUUCCUUUAUAGAGGAAAGUGGGAUCUAAAUUAGUUAUUGGAUAUGAAAAGUAACCCUGUCUUCCAUUGGGUGGGGGUGGGGUGUGUGGGAUGAUACAUGAUUCCUGUCAUUUUUCUGUUUGUAUAUAUUUCUUACACUCUCUGUUUCCAUGGUAAUAUCAACCAAACCAGAGAUAAGAGUGACUAAAGAGUCUUAAAAUGGGUUUUAAGUGAUGUAGUUACAAGUAAGGCCAAAGCAACAAGGAGGUGUGACAUCACUAUUCUUUGAGACUGAAAUUAAGUGGUGUGUGAUCUGAUAGGAGUUGUGUAUGCAUUAAGAACAAAUUACUUUGGAAUAUAGUGGAUAUGUGUGUAUAGGGGUGGUAUGCCUUGUUUGAUUUUCAUAGUUUUGUCUAUCCAGUGAAAAACUUCUGGCCCCAUAAAGUAAAUAUCCCAAGUUCAUUCCUGGUAAAAGAUGAUCCCAAAGAAUGUGGCAUAAAUUUAAGCUAUAGUCCUUGACUAAGGUUUGUGAAGGGUUGUUAUAGGGAAGGAAUAUUCUAAGAUUAACUCUUCAGAGAGAUUAGAAAUCUUACAGCCGGUCCACUGUAAUAAUAAAUUAUCAAUACCUGUAGAAUCUGUUGCACAGAGGAGUGAAAAUACAUUUCACAUCGUUGUGAAAGGCUUUUUCAGGGAACAUAGCAGAUGAGGUUCUAUAUAGCUGGAACAUAUUAUCAGUUACGGCACACAGCACCUUCCUAGGGGCAAGGCUUAGCAGUAUGGCUUUUCUGUGGUUCUCAUCCCUUCUCAUUGUACCAAAAAUAGUUUCCAUCACUUCCCAGCAUAGUUGCCUCUAGCUAGCUAGAAGAAUGCCAGAGAAGGUGAAACUGGCUGUAGUACUGAAUGCUGGUGGGAAUAGAGUGUCUCCAUCUUGGGAUAUGUGUCCUAGAAUCAAGAUGUUGGCAGCCCAAAAGAGAACAAUGGAACAUUGUUCUUGCAACUGCAGCCCUGUGGGGAGUCUCCAGCUAACAUAGCAAAUCUAACCAAGGGCAAGAUUAGAUGAGAAGGAUGGACAUUCAUAAUUUUCUAACUAGAACCAUAGUGGUUCUUAAAUUGAUGAGUGGACAUAUGUCUUGACAAAAUGCUUUUCUUCACCUUGUAACCCAUCUCUUAAAACGUUGGAAAGUAUUACCUGGAAGCAAAGAGAGAACAUAGUAGCUAUUAGCUGCACUGAAGGUUUCGCUGCCUGGUUGCCUUCCCAAUGUUGAAAUGUAUACAGCUCUCCUUUGUGGUGGCUAUUGUUCCCUUUUUUUUCUUUUGAAGAACGCACAGCAGAAACUCCUGUGCCUUGUCUAAGCACUGCCCAAAGCACCGCCUGCCACAUGGAAGCCUGGUACUUUGCCAAGAGAUAAGUGUUCCUUAAGCAAAAAUGAAACUUAAUUGAGUGUUUGGAUUUUCUUUAAACUUAACCCCCUUCACCUUAUGGAUUGAUCACUGAAUUUCAUCACAAGUUCAAGGUAGACCAAUGAAAAUUUCUUAUCUGAUGUAAAGAGGACUUGAAUGCCAGGCUCAAUCAACUGCCAAUAUCCAGGGAGAAAGUACCCAUCAUCGACCAUCUUAAUUGAGAACACGUCACCAUGCCACCCCUCAUCCACUUAUUUUCCUUCCAGCUAUACCCUCUUCAUUCCUUUCAUCUGAACUGUACACAUUGGGAGGAAUGGGUGGGGGGGGGGAGAAACAGCCAUCUUUGGCUUUGAGAUCUAUUGAAUUUUUAAAAACUCUUAUUUAGUUCUGUUCUAAAAGUUAUAUUGCUUCAAAGGUCAUUUUUCUAUUUUAAAGACUUGCAAAAAAUGGUGGUGUUAGGCGCUUGCAUAAAUAUUUAUGAAAUAUUUUGGGGAGGGGGGCACUGGUUUUUUUAAUUUGUUUGAUAUUUUUAUUACCUCAAACAUGUUUUGGAAGAAAAAACACUGUGGCACUUACAAAGUCACUCCCAGUAAAUCUGUAAUUGACAGGUUGCAUUGAGGGGUCUGGCCUAUGUUUCAGUUCAUCUAUUUUCCUUUUUUGUGUCUAGCUUCCUCAGUUAAGGGAGGGGUGGGAGAGGGAAAAUAAUUAUAUAAAUAUUAUGCAAAAAAUAUAUAGUUUUCUUUAGAUCAGAAACAGAUAUUUUUAAGUCAGCCAUAUGUAUUUUGUUUAAAGGAAACAAAACUGUGAGUUAUGUAACUGCAGUGGAAUGUGGUCACAUGGCUGGCAGUUAAAACUUAGUGAUUGGUCAGACUCCAGUUAGCUUCCUUUCUCUGAACAGCCAUCUUUGUACUAAAGUCAGUUGUGUUAUAAAGAAAUGUUUUUAUAUAAAUUAUGUUGAUAUGGCUGGUUGCUUAAAGUAUAAGUGUUUAUUGUGCAUACAUUUUAAUGUAAUUUUUUUUCUAUUUUGGUUUCUAUGAUAAACUGGCAGCAGUCAACUGGCUUAAGUUAUUAAGGAACUAUCCAAUAUUUGGUGGUGAUGCAAUGCUUUAGAUAAGACAUGGCCUCCAAUCCACAGAUGCAUGUAUGUGCACUCUUAUCAAUCAAAUGGCUGGCUUGUUUGGGUUUCACAGCACUGGUCACUUGCUUGAGGCGGAGAAGGGAAAGGGGGACAUUGAUGCAGUCCCCUCACUUUCACAAACAGAUUGACAGUACUGUUCUGAGUUGACUUUGCCAGCCAUCUGUCAGGGGAAAGGCAUGCAGACCCAAUCCAGUAGGGAUCAGCACACAGUCAGCCCCAGGUAUGGGAAAUAGACCUUUUUUUAAAAACUCCACAUAGCAUCCUUUGUGUAGAUUUGGAUUGCACCCAAGCAAGGUGAACCACACAUGGAAGCUUGCUUCUGUGUGCAGUCUAACCUUGCUGGAUCAGGAUAGUGGUAGAUUAUAAUUUCUCUGAAUCAUACCUUGAAGGAUGGAAAGGUCUUCACUGCCAAUAAAAUGUGCAAAAGAGGAGAGAAUAAUUGAAGAUUGUGCCAUGCCAGACAGGAAAUGAGGUAAUAUCCUGUGAGACAUGUUAGUUUGCUUGGAGUUGCUUGGAGGGAAUGCUGUGGAGUUGUUGUUUUAAGAAAAAUACCCUGAACAUAAUUUUACAUCCAGUUCUUAAUAGUAGGAAUUUAUUCUUUUGUUAAAUAAAUUGGCAGAUUGGUACCAAAGACAUUUACAUCAUUUCCUGUGCAAUGGAGAAUAUCCAUUUUUAGGGUUUAGAAUUAAACAAUUUGUUCUUUUUAUUGAUUUACACAGGGAUCUGACAUAAUUUUUCAAAAGUUUUGUGCAAUAAGUUUUAAGAAAAUAUUAUUUUAAAAAAAGAUGACAAUUCCAGAAGGAAAACAAAUGUAAUGGUAACCUUAGCCAUGGGCAAGUAUGGACAAAAAUAUGUAUAUCAAGCAUGCUUAAGGGUGGCAUUUAUAUAGUAGUUGAAACUUCUGGAUGUACUUCACUUGCUCUUUCAUAUGCCCCCAUUAUGGUGAGGUUGAAGCAAAAUUGAGGACACUUGAAGUCAACUCAAUAGGCCAUAUGACAAGGAAAGUUAUAUCGAAAGAAUCUGUCUUUCCCACAACCCCGCCCCCAGUGCCUAGUUCAGCAAAUUUCUCUGUUCUGUUUUGCCUUUAGUCAAGAUUAGAGCAAAUGGCUGAGAUUGUUGCAGAGCUGAUACCAGCCACAGCUUUAAAGGGGAAGAGAUGCAAAUGCAAGUAUGUAAUGGAAAUCUUACAUGUCCGUAUUUCUGCUCUUCCCAUCCACUCAAGAAGCCAUCAGUCAUCUUCACACAGGUCCUCUUGACAAGGAAUUCUCAGCGGAAAUUCUCGAUAAAGGAAUGGUACCAUGAAUAGAGAGUAUUGCUUGAACUGGCUCUCGUGUGUGAUGCUUUUAAAGCAGUGUCAAUAUUCCAUGUUAGUCAAUGCAGUGUAACCCACCAUUCCUCCAUCCUCAUUCUUUGGUUGUGCUUUGUGGUGGCAAUAUCCUAUAACUGAAAGAAGAAGAAUACUAACUACAAAGUUAUGUACCCUUUGACAUGUCCAUGGCUAAGAUUACCUGUUUGGUUUUUUUCUGCCCAUAAAUAGAUAUAUAUACAGUAUUAAAAUUAAUAUUUGUAUAUAUAUUUAUCUGAAGAAGAAACUUUUCUAAAGAAGCAUGCAGAUAAGAAUUUAUGGGUUUUUUUCUUUUUUCAGUAACUAGUAUGAUAAGCACUGGUAUUUUUGUAUUAAAAAGAGAAAAAAAACAAAAGACUGAAUAUUACAUGGUAUGCAUGACAUUUUAAAAAAAAUGGUGGUUUCAAAGCAAUAUGUACCCUGGUGUGUUUGCCAUAUUCUAGAGUCCAGCUUAAAGUGCACCUGAUCUGUAAUUGCAUUUUGAUAUUAUUUAAUCUCUAUGUACAAUGUUUUGCAUGUAUUUAUAUGGUUCUUGGGAAGAAAUUUUGGGAUUUGGGUGGGUAGAACUGUGGGAUUGGAAUGAUUGUCAACUAAUUUCUUCUGGAACAUUUGAAACUCCAAACGUAGAUAAUGCUCUGAAUGAAAACAGGAUGGGGAAACCAAGCCAAAUUUUUUUUAAGGUGCAAUGGGGAGGGGGUAGGGAUCAUGUUUUGAAUAAAUAAAGCUUUUUUGCUGUCGAGCAGAAACAAUGCGCAAGUGCGUUGAGAGAAUAAAUUGUGCCCACUUGUAGCCGUGAUGUCUUUAAUAUGUGUCCCACCAGUUUAUGAAGUCACUGAUUAUCUAUUGAAGCUGAGAUGAAGGAUAACCUCGAUGAAUGUGUCUUGGCUUGGAGUCAAGACAUAGAGUGAAAUCUAUGCUGAUGUAUU